AUGGCGACUAUCGAUACAUCAGUCGCUGCUGCGACCGAUAUUGAACAACCUCAAAUCUCCAAAAGCGCCGAUUUCGAUAUCGUCGAGACAUACCGUGGCCUCCUUGUCACAGACCCCGAUCUUACGAAACCUGUCGCUGCCAUCGAAUCUCUCAUCGCCCUUUUGAACGCACAACCUUCCACCACCGUAUUCGAGAUCCUCGACACUGUCAAAGUCCACUCCGACCGCCUCAAGGCCUCCGUCUCGAACCCCGUACCUCUCUCCGCCGGAACAGACCUCUUCCUCCAGUACCUCGUUUCUUCUCUCCGACAACAAGAUGGCAGUUUCGACGCCGUGAGGCAGCAUCUCCUCCGCAACGGACGCCUUUUUGCCCAGCGUGCUAACGCCGCGCGAGAGGGUAUUGCCGAUGCAGGAUGGAGGCUGAUUCGCGAAGGCCAGUGUAUUCUUACGCACGGUGCUUCGCGAUCAGUUGUUGGUAUUCUGGAUCGCGCUGCCCAGAACCUCGGUGCGGGCAAAUUCAAGGUUAUCUACGUGCGCGAGGAGACCCGUGUUGAGGAAAGCGAUCGCAUAGUUCGCGAGCUUCGCUCAAAGGGUAUCCCUGUUGCCGAGAUCGCAGAAGCUUCAGUUGCGUAUGUCAUGGGUUUGCUGCGCCAAGUCAACAUGGUGCUCGUAGGUGCCGAGGCCGUCACAUCCAACGGCGGUAUCAUCUCUCGUAUGGGCACCCUGCAGCUCUCCAAAUUGGCGGCCGAGGCCAACCUCCCCUUCUACGUUGCUGUCGAGACACACAAGUUUGCGCGCAAGUUCGUCAUGGAUCAACGGGAUAUUGGCUUCAAGCAAGACAUUCUCGACUUUAGUGUCGAUACCAAGAGCAAGGAUACUGUCGAUGCUGUCGACUUUACUCCCCCGGAUUUCAUCUCCAAGCUCAUCACAGAGAAUGGGAUUAAGCUUCCCGGCUAUGUUUUUGAGCAACUGCUCGAUAUCUACGGCAGUCUCAACGGCUGA